UCUAUAAGCAUGCUGUCAUUUGUCCCAGAAUCCGAGCUCGAUGAUUAGAUUACCGUGACAGGAAGUCUCUUAGAAAGGGAAAUGUCUGGACAAGCUUGCACACACAAACACUGAUGUUCUUCAUAAUAUUCAUAAUAUAUAUGUCCAUUUCAAAGCUGCAUGAAAGCAUCUCUUUCUGUUGCAAUUUCACUGUAGUGCAUUUCUUUUUAGGCUUGAGUAAUAUAAAAUGAAAUACGCCUCCUUAUCACUUUCUAGCGAUGCCUGUGACAGUAAAGUCUCGUGUACAUUUUUAUUAAUAUGUAGAUCUGGACAAUUCAUUUGGAAUAUUGGAAUUAUGGAUAUUGAAUUUUCUCUUUUAAAAAAAAAAUGUUCUUCUUCUCUCAGGCUGUUGAACAGGAUGGCCGCUGAGGAGCGGCACCUGCCCUCCAGCUGUGGCUCAUACAUAAAGACAGAGCCGUCUAGUCCGUCUUCACUGGUGGACACGGCCAGCCACCCGAGUCCCGGGGCGCACUCAGACGCCAGCGGCGGCUACGGCAGUGCCAUCCACAGCCACUCCAACGGCCUCGACUCUCCGCCCAUGUUCACGCCGGCAGGUCCCCUUGGCGCAGCGGGCAGCGGCUGCCGCAAGCGCUAUGACGACUGCUCCAGCACGUUGCUCGACGACUCGGGCCCAAUCAAAUGCGAGUACAUGCUCAACUCCAUCCCCAAACGGCUGUGUCUGGUAUGCGGAGACAUCGCUUCUGGCUAUCACUAUGGUGUGGCCUCCUGCGAGGCCUGCAAAGCCUUCUUCAAAAGGACCAUACAAGGUAACAUCGAGUACAGCUGCCCGGCCACCAACGAGUGUGAGAUCACGAAGCGAAGACGCAAGUCCUGUCAAGCCUGCCGCUUCAUGAAGUGUCUGAAAGUCGGCAUGCUGAAGGAAGGUGUUCGUCUUGAUCGUGUCCGAGGAGGCAGGCAAAAGUAUAAGAGGAGGAUUGACACAGAGAACAGCGCCUACCUGGGCCUCACCCUACCACCUCCAGCAAAGAAACCAUCUAAUCAGAAUAUCCAUCUGUGCCUUUGCUACUCUUCUUCCUCAGUGACAAAGAUUGUGUCCCACCUGCUGGUAGCAGAGCCAGAGAAGAUCUAUGCCAUGCCAGAUCCCACCAUGCCCGAGAGUGACAUCAAGGCACUGACCACGCUGUGUGAUCUCGCCGACCGCGAGCUGGUCGUCAUCAUCGGCUGGGCCAAGCAUAUCCCAGGUUUUUCCAGCUUGUCUCUGGGAGAUCAGAUGAGUCUACUGCAGAGCGCUUGGAUGGAGAUUCUGAUCCUGAGCAUCGUCUUCCGCUCGCUGCCCUACGAGGACGAGCUGGUUUACGCCGAGGACUACGUGAUGGACGAAGAGCACUCCCGGCUCACGGGCCUGCUGGACCUCUUUGUCUCCAUCCUUCAGCUCGUCCGCAAGUACAAGAAGCUGAAGGUGGAGAAGGAGGAGUUUGUCACACUCAAGGCCAUCGCUCUCGCCAACUCAGACUCCAUGCACAUAGAGGACGUGGAGGCGGUUCAGAAGCUGCAGGACGCUCUCCAUGAAGCGCUGCAGGACUAUGAGAACAGCCAACACACAGAGGACCCGCGGAGGGCCGGAAAGCUGCUCAUGACCCUGCCCCUGCUGCGGCAGACCGCCACUAAGGCCGUUCAACACUUCUACAGCAUCAAGGUGCAGGGCAAAGUGCCCAUGCACAAACUCUUCCUGGAAAUGCUGGAGGCCAAGGUGUGAACAGGCCGAGCUACGACGUCCAGGCAUUAAGAGACACGCUAAUUGAGGAGAGACAAGAGGAGAGACACACGGUUGAGUGACAAGCAGGUUACAGACUCGCCUCUCUUCCUCUCUGUCUUUUCAAAUCUCUGUCUCCCUCUGUCUCUCUCACGGACAUGAGAUGUUUUUAAAAGAACAACCUUAAAACAAAAAAAAUAAGCAAAAUGAGAAACUCAGUAUAAAUAUAAAUGAUGAAGAGUUUAAAAAAUAUAUAAACAAAUCCUAUGUACUUGUACAGUAAUGAUUUUUUUUGUUGUUUAUGGUCUGUGAUUAUGUACGAAGAAAGAAAUCUCUCUAAGUCAGAGUGUUCUCAAUGAGGUGGUCAGGCUUUUUUUUUUUCUUCAGUUUUUGAAAAUCUAACUCUAUACAUGUCAUGAUUAAAUCAGAAGCAGUAGGUAACCUGCGGAGCAUCUCAUGUCAAACACGUGUGAUUGUUAAGCCCCAAGGACUCGUCCAGGACUUGUAAAUAUUCAUCACAGGGCGAUUAAAUAAUGACUGGCAAACGUCGGGGAAAAUGGCAGCCAUUUUGUCUUGCUCUGCGCAAACGGAUGAGAAGACGCGUAAAUCAUAAAAUGUGAGCUUUUUUUUUUUCCUUCACUUUAAAUGUUCUUGAAUAUACCUCUUUAGAACAGUGAAUCGGCAGCAAGGAUUUAUCAUACCAUGUACAGGAAGUGACACAACUGGUAAACAUGUUUAAACAAACUAGUUGAGCCAGGUAGUCAGUCGUCUUACUGUGUAGUAAAUCAGCAAUAAAGGGAGCUGAUGGUACAGAGCUAAUCGAACUGCUUCGCAAUGCUGCUGCCAUUAGAACACAUUUCAUAUUACACGUCAUACAUUAUGUGUACAAGUGAGUGCAUUUCAGCAAUAAAUCGCACCACUUGCCUGUUGCACUGUGCGCAUUUGCUGAUGGUCGUUAGCAUUGCUGAUGUUUCCUCCAACCCAAAUUUGGUCAGCGGUGGAAGCUGGUGCUAAAUGUUAGCUGGCAGGCUGACAAACAGACCUGAUUUGGGCAGAGUGA